AUGGACCUGGUGCUCUCCACAACGUUGGGAAUCACGAUGCUCGUGUUCGCUGUUCUGAAUAUGACAUUCUGCGACAUGGGCGGUGUUAUUGACUACUUACACGGCCCUGUGGCGCUGGUCAACUCUGGGCUGGUGGCCGGCAGCGCGGUGGCCACUUACGCCUCGGUGAUGAGGCGCCUCGACGCCAGCCGCGACACUCCUCCGACGCCCGCUCCCCUAGAGCUCGAUGUU